AUGCCCUCCAGAUAUCGACAAAUAGACCAUGACCCGGGCCUCCUGGCCAGUCUGGGAGGGAAGACGGUCAUUGUCACAGGAGGCGCGGCGGGGAUUGGAGCAGCGACCGUCAAGCUCUGCAACAGCAACGGUGCGAAUGUGGUCAUGGCAGACCUCGAGCACACCCGGUACGCCACGAAAGCUGUCGUGGCCGACUUGCCGCACCCGGACAAGGCACUCUUCGUGCCGGCCGACAUUCUCGACUGGCGGCAGAUGAGAGGCGUGUUUGAGAAGACAGUCGAGAGGUUCGGCAGGGUCGACGUCGUCGUCGCCAACGCCGGCACCAUGGAGUCCGCCAUGGUCCUCGAUCUGGACGACACCGAGGCGGACGGCUCGCCCAAGGAGCCCAGGGAAGCAUACAAGGUCAUUGACGUCAACUUGAAGGGCACUCUGAACAGUAAGUCGUCUUCGCGGGUCAAUGUGCAAUCAAACAGCCAUCAUGAAUUGACCCGAAAACUGCGACAAAACACAGCUCUGAAACUGGCAAUGCACUACAUGAACAAAACCGCCACCCCGGCCACCCCGGGCUCGAUCAUCCUGAUAGCCUCGACGUCGGGCUACUUUGGCAGCACCGGCGUGUCGGCAUACAUCGCGUCCAAGCACGGCGUGGUCGGCCUCCUGCGCGCGGCUCAAGUCGAGGCCAGAAAGCGAGGCAACAUCCGUGUCAACGGGGUGGCCCCGGCGUUUACCCCGACGGCCAUCACGGCCGAGUACUCGCAGAGGUGGAAGGAGACGGGUCUGGAGUCGAACACGGUGGAAGAUGUCGCCGGCGUGGUUGCUCAGACGGCUGUUGACGCGAGGCUGAAGGGCGCGUGCGUGCUGGUCGCAGGGAAAUACAGGCGCGAAAUGGAACAGACUCGAGCGGCUUUCGCAAAGGACUGGAUAGGCGAAGAUCUGGCCGGGGUGUUGUCAAGUGGCGCAAAGUUCUUUGAGGCAAUUGGGGGAUACCCUCUACCCAAGAGAGUUGACCUUGGUCCAAUACAGCACAUGUAA